AUGGCAAAACUAGGAAGUGAAAUGAAGGAUGAUAACCAAGCUUCUCCUUCAUCAUCAACCUCGGCUGAACAUGGUUUUGAUGCGACUCUUUGGCGGAAAUUCUGGAAAGCUCCAUCGCUUCCUCGGGUCAAGGAGGUGGCAUGGCGUGUGUGUGUUGGUGCGGUGCCCACUAGGCUUUGUUUGCGCCGUAGAGGAAUGGACUUGGAUCCUAGUUGCCCGGUGUGUGGCCAUGAGGAGGAGAGCAUUGAUCAUCUUUUUAUUCACUGUCCUGUUGCGCGAGGAUGCUGGUUUGUGAGCCUGGGUGUGCGCACAGAUGCUGGUACGUCGACCUUCAUGGACUUCAUGGCGGCGGUGCUGCGCAACAAGGAUGGCUGGUGCAUUGCAGAAGUUCAGCGCAUGAUCUAUUGCUUGUGGGAGGGUCGGAACAAGGUUCUUUUCGAGCUCCGUGAACCUGGGUGUGCUACGGUGCUGUCUCGUUUUGCAGCGAUGGAGUCCCCUUCACAGCUUGGGACGAACGGAAAUCAGGUGGACUGGUCAGUGGUUAAAUGGUCGAGACCAGCAGCUGGGAUGAUUAAAAUUAAUGUGGAUGCCUCUCUUGGUGGGGAUUUGCUUGCUGGUUUCGGUAUGGUGGCUAGGGACGAGGAUGGCGAGAUCUUGGCGGCGGCUUCACACUAUCCGACGGUUGCUACUUCAGCCACGAUGGCAGAGGCGUUCUGUCUCCGUUGGGCCAUGGAGCUUUCUUCACAGUUGGGUUUCAGGAGGGUGCAGUUUGAGACUGAUUGUCUACAGCUUUUUCAUGCUUGGAAGAAGGGUGUUGGUCGUUCUCCUUUAUUUUCUUUGCUUCAGGAUUGUAAAACUUUUGUUCAGUUGUUCGAUUGUGUUGAGUUUACUUUUACUCGUAGGCAGGGCAAUACUUGUGCUGAUUUUAUGGCUCGGAACGCCUCUACCCUUUCGAAUAUUGUUUGGGUGGAGGAGGCCCCCCGGGUUUAUGUAGCCUUUUACAGGCAGAUCUUUUGGCUUCUAUGUCGGUUAUGA